GAAGAAGGAAGAAGGAAGGAACAUUUGGGUUGCUAGGCAACUAAAGACAAGCUACCUCAUCAUCAACUCUUGGGACUGUGAGUCUUGCCCGAUACAGCUGUCACCUGUGGACAUCCUCUCUGCAGCACAAUGUCUUGUGCAGCCUACUUAGAUGGCAACGCAACGCCAAAGUCCAUGAGCAGAGCCAAACAAUGGACUGACGAGGUGGAGAACUUAUACAGAUUCCAACAGGCAGGCUACAGAGAUGAACUGGAAUACAAACAAGUAAAGCAAGUUGACUUGAUCGACAGGUGGCCUGAGACUGGGUUUGUGAAGAAGCUUCAGCGUCGAGACAACACAUUCUAUUACUACAACAGAAAAAGAGAAUGUGAAGACAGGGAAGUCCAUAAAGUGAAGGUCUAUGCAUAUUAAAUCAGCAGUGUCCAGCAAUCUCUUUUCCAUUUUGAAUAUCUUUUGUCGUGUUUUUGAAGACGUCUGUAGGAAGGAAGGCAGCAUCAUCCCAGCUGUGGAAUGUAGACCAGUUCACUGAAUAA